GAACUGUGAUGUCAUGAAGCUGCUUCUUUCGGCCCGCGCCGCAGUCAACGACAGCGACUGCCGUGGUGCGACGGCCUUGCACUGGGCCAUGAUUUCCAACACCGCCCAGGGCGUCCGCAUUCUCUGCGAAGCAGGUGCUGACGCCGAACUGAUCAGCCAACCCGCCACGGCCCCCCUUGCGUGCACUGCGCUGGGCUCGGCAGACGCACUUCGCGAGCUGCUGGCGCAGAG